CUGACUCCUGAAGAGAAAUUAUGUAUUGCCUUACGUUAUUUUGCUUCAGAAAGUCAUCAACAAAUAAUAGGGGAUUUGAAUCUGAUAAGUCAAUCUUCAUGUUGCCGGGCUAUAAAUGAAGUAUCAACAUGAUUGCUGAAAUGAGGUCAAGAUUCAUUUACCUACCAAAAAAUGAAUCUGAGCGGCGUGAGAUAAGCCAGAGAUUCUAUGACAUAUCUGGAUUUCCUUGUGUGUAUGGAGCCAUUUAUUGUACACAUAUACCAGUUGUCAGUCCUGGUGACAAUCAGGCUGAAUUAUUUUGCAAUAGGAAGGGUUUCUUUUCAAUUAAUGUUCAAACGGUGAGUAAUGGUGAUCUGUACAUCAGGAAUAUAGUUGCUCGCUGGCCUGGAAGCACUCAUGACAGCACAAUUUUUUAUCACUCUCUUCUGAGAACAAAAUUUGAAUCUGGAAUCAUUCCUCCAAAAUACCAUCUAAUUAUAGAUAAUGGCUAUGGAUGCAGAACAUACAGUCUGACACCAUUUUUAAAUCCUGCUACUUGUUCAGAGAGAAGGUAAUUAAUUAUGAAUUUGUUUAUUAUUUUAUAUUUAUUUGUUUAAUUAUAUAUAUAUUGCUACUUUUUCAGGCAAUAAAUGAUUAGAAAGCUUCAUUCAACAAUUAUCAUUUAA